ACUGAGCAUGCGCAGAACAUGUUGUAAACAAUGAGACUAUUCCAGACCGUCUUCAGCUUUGUGUCUAUCCAACAGUUUAUCUGUGUAAAACUAAUAACGGUUUCCCAUAGAUCCGCGUAUAUUCAAUAAAAAUGUUCCGUGGGAGCUGAAGCAUGGAGGCGGUUCUGAGCAGGCUGAGGGGGCUGAGUGCCGAUGAACUGCGUGAGGAGUUUGCCCGAGCAGACCUCAAGUGCGGUCCGGCGAUCACCGCUACCACCCGAGCCACCUAUGAGAGGAAGUUAGCCCGAGUCCUGGUUGAGUCAGAGAGCUGUACCACCGAAUUGGACAACGCCUCUUUGUCGGGCGUCUCGGACAGCGAGGCCUCCGUUGCCGAUAACACCAAAUCUGUGUUGUGUGCCACAUCUGCAGUUGCACCCACUACUGCUGCAACAAGCAGCAACUGCACUGAAGCUGCCGGCGAAGAGUUGGACUUUGGCUACGGUGUGGGUCUCAACCCUCCAGAGGAAGAGGAGAUCUCAGUGAAGACGGCCUCAAACAGCUCUGCAGAAGGCAGUAACUCUCAGUCCAAAACAGAAACCCCUUCAAAGCCGGUGUCCCCAACCUUUUAUUAUGGCGUAUGUCCACAGUGGGAGGAUGUUUUGGCUAGAAAUGAGAGAGCACAUGUAUACACAGAUAAGAAAGAUGCCCUUCAAGCUGUUAAGAUGAUGAAGGGAGCCCGCUUCAAAGCCUUUCCCAACCGUUUGGAUGCUGAGAAGUUUGCUAAGGGGAUCUGUGACUAUUUCCCCUCUCCCAACAAAUGUACACCCUGUGUAUCUCCUGUCAAACCAGGCCUGGUCAUUAGUAAAGACAACAUGGAGGUUGAUGCCAUCAACCGGGAGCGGGCCAACAGUUUCAAGAGCCCACGCACCCAGGACCUGAACGCCAAACUGAGGAAAGCUGUGGAGAAGGGCGACGAGGUGGCCUUCAGCGAGCUGGUCUGGAGCAACCCACGCUAUCUCAUUGGCUCAGGGGAUAAUCCCACUAUUGUACAGGAGGGCUGCAGGUACAACGUAAUGCACGUGGCAGCCAAGGAGAACCAGGCAGGCAUCGCCCAGCUGCUGCUGGACACCUUGGAAAACCCUGAGUUUAUGCGCCUCAUGUAUCCAGACGACAAGGAAGAUAUGCUGCAGAAACGUAUCCGCUACAUUGUAGAUCUUUACCUCAACACUCCAGAUAAGGCUGGCUUUGAAACACCGCUCCACUUUGCCUGUAAGUUUGGGUGCCCAGGCGUGGUCAACGUCCUGUGCUCGCAUCCUGACAGCGAUAAGAACUGUAAGAACAAGGAUGGCCAGAAGCCUUGUGAUAUUAUUUGUAGCAGAAAAAAUAAAACACAAGAAGUGAGGCAGAAGAUAAGUGACUAUUUGGAGGACCGCUGCUUCAUUCCGUUACUGAGGGCAACGGACAAUACCUCCCAGCCAAUCAUUGGUGGUCUGUGGUCACCUGAGUCCUCAGAAAGUCUCUUGCUGAUGCAACUUCAUAAAAGAAGCCCCAUGGAUCCCGUGAUGACUGUUACAGCCUUUGCUGGCCCGCUGAGUCCUUCUAAAGCAGAUGAUUUUCGCCGGUCCUGGAAGACGCCGCCCAGAGACCGGGCGGAGCUUUUCCACCACAUUCUUAAGUCAGAUCCUGAACGCGGGGCAGAGAGAGUGGGCAGAGACCUGGCUCAUGAGAUGGGCCACCCAUGGGCUGAGUACUGGGACUUUUUGGACAGUUUUGUGGAUAUGUCUUCUACUGAGGGGCUCCGCAAGCUGGACGAGUACCUUAGCAAGAAGGAUUUCAGCCCACGGACUUAUGAAGAGGCUGGGGAGAACGAGACCAGCAACAGGUUCAAAACCCCCUCUCCAGGCAAGCCCAAAAAGUUCUGCAACUCCAUCUCUGUUGGUGCCUUCCUAGACGAGGGCGAUGACAUCAGCCUCGAGGAGAUCAAGAACCGGCAGAACGCGGCGCUCACCAGCAUCACGUCCUCCGCUGCGUCCAUGGACUGCCUGAAGGGAGCCGUGGGUGGCCGCGAGUUCCAUCACAUCCUGCCCAUGGCGCUGCACCACCGCGGGGCCGACCUGAUCGAGACGGCGGCCGGGCAGGACCUGCUGUGCUGCUGCGACGACGGCCUCCUGUCGCCCGGCGUCGUCUGCAAAAACGGGGCGUGCUCCUCCUCCUCCUCCAGAGACAGGACUCACAACGGAGACAAGGUGACGCCCCGCACCUCGCCGUCCUCCUCCUGCCUGCUGUCGCCCAUCUCCAACCUCAUGGCGGAGUUUGAGCGCAUGUCGCUGCAAGAGCCGCUGGACAGCCCGGCCAGCUGCAGGGAGCGCAGGAGCAGCGGCGGGAACCGGCACAGGGAGCUCCGGGACUCGGCCAGCUCCUCCUCCUCGGCCGCGGACGUCAGCUCCGGGCUGGGCCGCCUGUCUCUGGGUCACGGCGGUCUGGACGGCGAGAAUGUGGAGGGGCCAGGCUGGAGAACCGAGGGCGGAGGGGCGGAGGAGAGGCGCAGCAGUGGCAGCUCAGAGGAGUACUUUGAAGCAGAGGAGAGCCUGGAGGUGCUGGGCAGGACUAGGGGGUCACUGGCAGGGGGGCGCAACUUCUGUGCUAGGUCCAAGUCAUGGGACCAUGGGGGGAGGGACCUGAGCAGCUCAGGGUCCUCUGGGUCCUCCUAUAAGUCCUUAGAUAACUCCAACGAGUUCCUACCCAGGACCCCGCCGCACAUUAGAAGAGGACUUUUCAUUGACGGGGAUUCACCAUCCAAGUUGGACAGAGAGGUCUUUUCAGCGAUCGAAGGCUUAGACAUCGAUGCCCAGAAGUAUCCCAGCAUUCAUAAGUGGAAGAGCACAAUGAGGGCGUACUCGGCGUCAGACAUGCAGAGCUGGCCCACCCCUGCGGUGGUAAAACCACGACUCAGGAUGCAGCAUCAGACUCCCGGCUCCCCGGUCAGCGUCCUGAUGUCUCCCACCGGCCGCAUCAGUCCCGCCCGGCACUCCGCCCCGACAGACUUCAGCCCCAGCCGUUACAGCCCUGCCAAUGCUAGCUACAUCCAGCGCAUCCGCCUCAAGCACUUGAACGAGCCAUCAAUCCAACUGCCUACUCCCUCCCACCACUACGGCCAUACCAUCUCUAAGCCCUAACCCCGCCCUCCCCAGUCCCCAACCCCAAUACAAAUCCAGCUGCCCCCAGGGGCUACACCAGAGCUCAGAAACCACAUACCUAACAGAAAUAUGCACAAGUGUCUGGAAGAUUUGUAUUAGUGAUUUAUGGUACUGCUCCUAUGUAAUACAGGAAUUCUCAUCACGUUGGGUUGUGAUGUACACUCAUGAAAAGAGAACCUUGACAAUGUAUGUUCGGUGUGGGUGUGGGUGGGAUGUUGAAUUGACGUUAAUGUUAUUGUGUGAAGCACCUGUAUCAUAGCCUGAGUCAACUUUUUUGAAUAUCGUGAAUACAAGCCGCCCUCCCCAAAGUUAGUUAAUCACUAAAACUAUCCUCAACAGGAUUCUGUCACUGAGGAUGUUCUUUAAAAAAAACAAAAAUUAAAUGUCAAUAUUUUAAAAAGUUAUUUUUUUGUAUGUUGGGUCAGUAGCACAACAUUUAAAUGUUUUUAUUAAUGGUGUUUAAACCGACUGCCAUUUCCUAUGUUCUCCUCAGUUCAGGAAUCGCCUUAAUUUUCUGAAGUGAUGGACCAGUGCGCUGUCAGUUUGGACACACUUUCUCUAGCUCAUACGUGAAAUAUAUGGAACAUGGGGGGAACCUGAUUAGGCUAAGAUCUUCCAUGUUUUUUUUUUUUUUUGUUCUUCAAUAAAUGCAUACAUUUUACAUCUUUUCUCAGUGGUUCCUGGACAUGUCUGGACUUUUCUUUUCUGCCACUACCGGCGGCCUUAGACUACAAUUUUAUUUUCUUUCUCUGAAAUAUCUUUCAUUCAGAAGCAUCUCCCACAUUGUGAGUACGAAUGACAAAACACACCCAUCAGUAAAGUGUAAUUUCAAAUUUGUCUCGUCUGGGCUAAACCUAACCAUUGUCCAGUCUGAGACAACCUUUAAGCUGUAUUAGGCCAUUUCUAACCACUAGGGGGCAGAAAGACUAACUCAACAGCAACAGAAUCCUGAUGCAAUUAUUUAGCUUGUUAUGGACAUCUAGCUGACAAAGAAACUGCCUUAAGCUUACAGAGAACCUAACUGAUUAGCUGAGAGCUACACAGAGUUGGAUGUUGAUUUCGGGUGGGAUCGGCGGUACUCGCAAACCUUUUCACAUUACAAAAAGUUUGGAGUGUUAAUUUCAAAACUAUUGCUUAAUAGAGCUUUGAUGCCCAAAGUUGUCAUUAAUCUCUUAGGUGGUUUAAAUUGGCUUACAGAAAACAUGUCGCAGGUUCUUGCAGUUAUCUAAAACACGUUAAGUCUAAUGGUAGUAUUUGAAUGUAUAAGAACCUGCUCUAUACAAAUUAUUUGUAAUUUAGGGAUAAAUUCACUGCUGUACGAGGGCUUAUCAGCUGUGUCUAGGACAAAAAAAAAGCCAAUCAUUUUAAAUAUUUAGAUUGCCACUCUACUUUGUUCUGAAUGUAUAAUUUUUUUGUGAACUAAACUUUUAUCUGAGAGCACAGACUACUUCACUGAGAAGAUUGUAUUGUCAUCAUUGUGCUCUCAAGUAACGACAGAUCGAAUUCUGGUCUGUGAACAUUUCUGAAUGUGGAACUUUGCAAAAAUGCACCUAAAAAACUUAAAACAUGCUUCUUGUGCUUUUAACAUUGUGCUUUAUAAAAAAAAAAAAAA